AUGAACGCACUAUUGGUAUCUAGCUAUCGUCAAGUCAAAAGAGAUGAUUUCUGCGUCACUAAAAGAGAGUACGAGGAAUUGGUUGAAGAGUUGUUGGAUGUGACUUGCGAUGAAUAUAGAAAACGACUUGCUGUUUAUCUAACAGAAGUAGAAAGGCUAACAUCACAAUCACUAGGGAUGAUAAGAGAUAAUCUGAACUUCGUGCAAGAUUUGCACUCUCAGUAUGUACCAGAGCUCAAGCAAGAUACAUACUACGAUGUUGCUCUGAAGAAUAUAGAAGCAGAAAUGGAAAAAAUGUUCAAACCUUUUGAAGAAGUGAAGACAUUUGAGUUCACAUCGAAGCCACUCAAUCUACGUGAGAGUAAGAUCAUUCAGAACCAAAUAGACUUAUUGGAGAAGGAGAUCAAAGAAAAGAAAGAAGAAGUGAGAAUGCUGAAAGAGAUCGUAGAGAAAGAGAAAUCUGCUUAUAAGGUAUCACUUUCUGCUAACUUCGUCAACCACUCUUCUUCAGGGUCUGAAAGAGCGUUCGAGCAAUGGUAA